AGCACGUGGCCUUGGCCCCAAGAAAGCAUGCAUAUAAGGUUCGAGAAAGUCCCACACGUCUUCUAAGUGAGUACACAGCAAAUAUGUAGUAAAGGGCGACGAGUCCCAGGUAUGGUAACGGAUGUCACGCAUCCAAGACGCAGGCAGACAUUUAACAACUAAAAAGCAACCCUGCCUGGGUACCUAGCCUAUGAGCAGAAGUGACCUGGAGAGGAGGACACUGGCCAGGUACCGUCCCGAUGGCAAAUGGCAUCACCAAGGGCUGUGCUCCACCCUGGACCGCAGCAGAUGAGCCACUGCAGUCAGAUCCAGGGCACACCAAGCAGCUGGAUGAGACCGAAGGCUCACACACUCACAGUAGAACAGAAAUUAAUGAGACCAAGGAAACAUGUGUGGGUCCUUGUACAACAUCCUGCCAAAGUCAGCAGCAACCGAGCGGUGACAAUGGGUCAGAUGGCCUCUUUACCCACUCGAGAGAUGACAGAGAUGAUCGGGGCCCCAGGAUGACGAAGCAGUUCCUCCAAAAGCUCUGUAAGCAGCACAAGCUGUACGUCACCCCGGCCCUGAACGACACCCUGUAUUUGCACUUUAAGGGCUUUGACCGCAUUGAGAACCUGGAGGAGUACACGGGCCUGCGCUGCCUCUGGCUGGAGUGCAACGGCAUCCAGAGGAUCGAGAAUUUGCAGGCCCAGAGCGAGCUGCGCUGCCUCUUCCUGCAAGUGAACCUGUUGCACAAGAUCGAAAACCUGGAGCCGCUCCAGAAGCUGGACGCCCUCAACCUGAGCAACAACUACAUCAAGACCAUUGAGAACCUCUCCUGUCUGCCGGUCCUUAACACUCUGCAAAUGGCCCACAACCGCCUGGAGACCGUGGCAGACAUUGAGCACCUCAGGGAGUGUCUGCAACUCUGUGUCCUCGACCUCUCCCACAACUCGCUGAGUGACCCCGAGAUCCUGAGCGUGCUUGAGACCAUGCCCUGUCUGCGUGUGCUGAACCUGAUGGGGAACCCAGUGACCAAACACAUCCCUAACUACCGCAGGACGGUCACUGUCCGACUGAAGCACUUGACUUAUCUGGACGACAGGCCGGUUUUCCCCAAGGACAGGGCGUGUGCAGAGGCCUGGGCCCGAGGCGGGUAUGCUGCCGAGAAGGAAGAGCGUCACCAGUGGGAGAGCAGGGAACACAAGAAGAUAACAGACAGCCUGGAAGCCUUGGCCAUGAUCAAGCGGCGGGCCGAGGAACGGAAGAAGGCAAGAGACAGAGGGGAGACACCUCUGCCAGAGAGUGAAAAGAGUAUCCCCACUAGCCCAGAGGCUCAGGAAAAGCCUCCCAAGGGGGAAACCCAGCAGAAGAUGGAGUCGUUUGUGAAAGAGAGCUUUGAGGCCAAAGAUGAACUGUUUCCAGAGAAGCCAGGAGAAGGAGAGGAGCUGUCUGUGGUGGUGGGGAAUAGAGCAGUGGAAGAUGCAGACCUGUCCGGGAACCUGGCUCACACCCAGACACCUGUGGUGGUCACCCCUGAAGAGGUCACAUCUCCAGUGGAAGCUACUGAUGGGGCCAGAACGGAAGACACAGAGGCCAUUGCCCUGGAGACCAAGGAGAAGCUUUUCAUCGAUGACCUGCCUGACUUGGAAGAUGUUGAUGGUACAGAUGUGUCUGUGGAAGACCAGACAAAGGACACAGGCAUCCGGAAAAUCCAGGCCAUCUCCAGCUUGAGUGACGACAGUGACCUGGAGCUGGAGGAGCUGCCCCUCUCCGUGUUCGAGGGCACUCCCAUAAGCCCCACAGGCGCCCUCUCACACAUAUUUGCGGUCUCCAAAGACCCCUCAGAGGCAGCCAGGGUGCCUUUCGCAGACAUAUGUAUGCCAACAGCAACAACAGACUUAGAAACUCAAAGUCAAGACCCCAGCACAGCAUCUUCACACCCCCUCAUCCAGGAGCUCGGAGAGGAUGAGCUGACAGAGGGAGAGUCAAACCAGCCACUGCCACCCCAAAGCUGUGCAAGUGACCCCACACUUGCCCAGUCUAGUGAAGGUGGAGACAGUCAGCUGCCUGCAGCCACUCCACUAGGUAACGCUCUGUGGAGGCUCUGUAGGGGUUGGACCACAGACCAUCCACAACCUCACUGCUGUGUUCAGGCACAGGCUGUCUGGGCAGUUAGCACAAAACACAAGGGUUGGGUGUGCAUUUUAGGUACCUGCUUUUGGCUUAUGUUCCCAGUGCUCCCCUUGCACAAGGGGACGUGCACACAAUCCAUACACACACACACAAUACAGUGGGGUAGGGUUUCUGAUCUCAUCAGAGCACAUGACUACAGCCCAGUAAACAUGCUGACUGUGUGGGUCUUAAGUGCACAUAAGGAGUCUGUGCUGGCCUGGACCGGCGCUCAGCAAGAAGGGCAGCUUUACCAAGUACUGAUUUGUUCUCUCCUUACUCCUCAGGAGAUGGAGCUGAGAAUGAAGCACAGUCUUCGUUGUACCCAGAGGAGCCCAGCACCCGGAUAGGCCUGGAAGAUAUUGAAUUUGGCUUGGACUGAACCCCAAGGCAGUCUACACUGUUAGUCUAGCAGUGGUGCAGCGGAUGCAGGGCACCCUCUUCUAUGUAUCCCUGCUGGUUUGCUCCGGCACCCUGCAUGGCAGGUGCUGUGCAGCUACACCAGUGUGCCUGCCGUGUACCCAACACAUCGGUUUCCCCUGGUUACAGAUCCCACGAGAACAUAAACACUUAAGACCCGCAUGGUCAGCAUGUUA